CACCUCCGUUAAAACUGGGGGCGCCUUCGGUGGUGCCACAACAAACAUGGCGGCCCAAUAGAAAGUGGUUUCAGCCACAACCAAGAUGGCGGCCGGAAGUAUGGGCAGUCACCUAAUGCCCUGCUCAAGAUGGCAUCUCGUCGCGCUGCCUUUGACCUUCCCAAGAUGGCGGCGACAAAGGCGGGAAAAAUACAAGGACCCCCCCCCCCAUGGGCGUCGACCCAACUGCCUGCGCGCAACCCCGAAAACGGCGCCGCCCGGGAACAAUUUUCCGCGGCGCUUCCCGGUGCGAGGGAGCUGUGUGCGUGCUGUGCCGUGCCGCGGUGCGGUUCCGGCAGACUUUUUGGUCAGGCCCCUGAGCCCGGCAACACCCGGGGGCCUCGGCUCUGCCACAAACAAGAUGGCGGCUCGUCGUCGGGGCAGCCACCUUCCCAAGAGGGCAGGAGAAACACCGGGACCACAGCACACCCCCCUUCCCCGGCUUUCUCCUCCCGGCUGCCUGCGCGGGACCCCGAGCACCAGCUUGCCCGGUGGAGCUUUGGGUGUUCUGUUAGAUGCAGUUUUUCAUUGUUGAAAGCUUUUUCUGUUCUGUGGUUUUAAGGUGGGGUUUGAUCUUUCACUGUGUAGUUUGACUCUGGCCAUGGGAUGUGACAAGGGAUGUGGUCUAUUGAUUUCAUGUUAUGCUUCUUAAUGGAGGUGUUGAUCAGGUUGUGUUUGAUCUGAGUUUUGUUGAUUUUUUUUUUUUUUUUUUUUUUUUUCUGGGGUGUUGUAUAUUUCAAGGAAAUGUUUUCUAAGAUUUACAUUGGUGUCAUGGGCUGUAGCCUGAGGUAUAGGGCAGGUUUUUAUUGAUUUCGUGGUGCUUGUGGCUUUUAUUAUGGUGAGUAGGUAGUGUCGGUUUUGGUGGGUCUCAGGUAGUGAGCUGUAGUUCAUUUGUUAGGGUAUAUUAAUAUUUGAAUUGGAUUUUGAUUUCUUGUAUUAUUAGGGCUUUAUUUCUUUGGCUUGUUUGAUUGCAGUAUGUUCUAUAGUUGCAGCUAAUGUGGGAGGUAUUGUUUAUGGUUCCACUGAUCUUUUUGUUUUGUGUGUAUUAAGAGGUGGCAUUUUUGUUUGGAUGGUUUGAGGCAUUAUGGGGUUAUUGAGAUGGGUUUUGGUUUUUUUGUGAGAUUUUUUUUGAUUGGUUUUUUUGUGGUUUUUUGGUUUUUUUUGUUUUUUUUUUUUUGGGUAAUUGUUGUUGUUAUGUUGGGGUUUUUUUUGUGUUGUUAUUUUAGGUUUAUUUCUGAUCUUUCUAUUUUUGUAGUUUGAUUUGUUUGUUGUUUUGGUGGUUUAUAUUACUUUUAUUUUUGGGAAGGUGGGUAUUGAUGGAAUUUUAGGUAUUUUUUGGGGGGCAGUGAUGCUUCUUUUUUAGUAGUCUAGAUUUUUUCAUGUUGUUCAUUAGUUUGGCUAAUUUUAUAGAGUAUUGGUUAUUAUUUUUUCAGUAAGUGUAGGGAUAGAGGGGUUUUUUAGUCACGUUUAGGGUCAGUUGUACAGUUUUGAGUUUAGUAAGUUGGUUCAUGUUUCUUACUAUUUGUAUGAUUGGUUAUGUGGGGUUCUCUAUGGUUGUUUUUCAUUUUUGUUUCAUUUUUAGGAGAGGAGUUGUUAGCGAAAAGAGUGCAGUGGGAUUUGUUUUUAUUUUAAAAAUAAUUUUUUAAAUUUAUUUUUACAUUUUAGGUCCCCAGUGCUGCCGCCCUGCGGACACAGCGCGGUGCUGCAGCUGUGCCCCGCGCCCGGCCCCGAGGAGCCCCGGGCUUGGAGCUGGGUCUUAGUGCCCGAGUGCGGUCACUGCCCGGGAGCUCCUGUUCGAUUCCGCGCUCCCGGCCGUGUCCGUGCGAUGGCCGGGCCGCCCGCGGGACUCGGCAGCAGGAAAACACCGAGCGCUGCGUGUUUAACGGGAGCCGGCCCUGCUUGCCCGUGCAGCGCCUCGGCCCGGCCCGCGCCGCCCUCAGGGAGCCGAGCAGCGCUCUGGGAGCGCGGGGAGCGGCACCGAGUGCGGUUCGACCGUGCCGAGCUGUCCCGAAGAGCGGAAUCUAAGCAACUGCAUCCAGUAAUAGCCGAGCUGUGCCGAUUAGAUCCGAGUGUAGCCGAAGAGCCGAAAACACCUGAGGAUUUCUGAACAGCCGAUAAUAGCAGAGUAUUGCCGAUAACAGCCGAGUUUAGCCGAACGGCCGAAAAUGGCCGAGUGCAGCCAAUAACAGCCGAACCCAGCUGCGUUUAGCCGACUGUAACGGGAUCGAACCAAACCAGCUCUGCCGAACCACGCUGAGGUCGCCUGGUUAUGACCCUAUGACCGUGGCUGAACCAAGGCUCUGCUGCAGGUGUAUUUGAGACAUCUUUCCUCUUUGACAGAAGGAAGAGGAAAAAAAUAAAAAGAAGAAGAAAAAACAGGAGCAGUUCCGGGGCGGUCCCGGGGCGGUCCCGGGGCGGUGUGCGCCGUCACUGCCGCCUUCUCGGCGGGCGAUUCCAAGGCGCUGUCGGGCUCGCUGCCGGCCCGUCGGCGGGCGGGCAAGCCGGGACGCGAUGGCGCUGUGCCCGGAGCUGGAGCGCUCGCUGUCGCUGCUGCAGCCGGGCGCCGACCGGGCCCGGCAGCAGCAGGAGCGGCGGGCGGACGCGGCCCCCACGCCCAUGGUGUUCAUGUGCGCCGGCUGCGGGCGCCCCGUGGGCGACACCCGCACCUGGGGUUCAGUGUCGAGGACAGCGGUCCCAUCCUGCUGCGCAGUGAGUACCAGCGCUGCCACCCCCACGCUACCACGGUCGCUGCCGCCGUGCCUCCUUCCCUGCCUCCCGCCGCAGCUGCGGCCGCCAGCGUCGCCACGGACCCGGGGCGGAAGGGCUCCGAGCUCCCCGGAGAGUGCGGAUGCGUGGUAGAAACCCUACUCUGCUCUGGCUGCUCCAGGACCCUUGGCAGCAGAUACAGGCACACCUCAAGGCAUCUCGACUGCAAGAGGGAUUUGUUCUGUGUCCGUACUGACUCUGUUGAAAGGUAAGUGCAGAAUGUUUAUGGGUCAGCCUGCCAGCUCCACUGCACUCACCAGGCAUGGCACUGAGGGUGCUCCUGUUACAUCUCUGGCAAGGCUGGAGGGAGCGUCUUCUGCUGCUCUGUCCCACGGUGGUUUUCUGUAUUGGUGCUGUUGGCAUCCCAGUGCUCAGCUGUAGGGAACAUCACCUGUGUAAGGCACAUCCUAGAAAAAGAACCAAAACAAACCAACCUGGCCUGCCUUUUGUGUGGGAAGUUGCAUUCCAGCCCAGA